UUUAUAUAGAAAUAAAAUAAAUAUGAGUACCAAAAAGAACUUGGAAUUACUCGCUCCGUGCUUCGGUGAAGCAUUUGUAGAAGAUUUCUUCUUCUCCAGCAUGUUCAGUACCUCCAUGAAUUAUGAAGACACCACAUGACUCCGUCAGGAGAAGGAUUACGUUCACGUUGAAUUUAUAGAAGAGGAUUUAAUAAAGUCUAAAUUUUGAGCAGUCAAAAAUCAGAAGGAUGGUACAACAACCCCUUCAUCUAAUACUAACCGCUCUUCAGUCAAGAAGACCUGGGGAUGGUCUGAAGUAAAAUACCAGGCUGAAGAGAAUGAACCAGUCACUCCGUUUGCUAAAUAAGAGCAAAAGAAUACUCAACAUGGUCGAUCUAGCUCAAAAUAUAGGUGUCGAUCCACUAGAUGGUGACGAUUAUGACAUAUAUUCCUUCGUAGAGCCUUGUAACCUGUUUUCAUUAAUGAAUCCAAGAGAGAAAUAUGAUAAAAAGAGACCUCCUCCAACUUAUAUUAACUUCUAUGACUAUGAGAAUAUGGCUAAGAACUCAGCCCAUCAUCCCAUGAGCGGGCUUAAAAUUCGGGAAAAUAUGAACAGAGUAGAAUGCGUCAAUGAGAAGAUAAUCGACGACAAUAAAGGCUUGAAAAAGUACCUUGUGAAAGAACUUGCCAAAAGUAUUUUUAAAGGGAGCACUAAUGUUUCUUUACCUGCAUACGCUUUUGACCCGAUCUCAAAUUUAAGUGCUUUUAUUAACAACUUAAGAACUGCACCUUAUUUUUUAGAGAAAGCAUUGCAUGUGUCUCCAAAGACCGAUCCGGAAGAGAGGAUAAAACUAAUUUCUGCAAUGUGAGUGUCUAGCUUACACCAAAAUAUCAGCUUUAAAAGAGGAUUUAACCCCAUAAUCGGUGAAACUUAUCAAGGUUACUUUUGAUACAACAAUCCUGAUGUUGACGAAGGCUCCAAUCCAGCUGUUAUCACCAGAAGCUCUAGUCAAUUAAAGGCUAUCAAGACCAGAAGAAUCAGACAAACUUCGCAGCCAACUAAUUUAAAAAGCAAGUUUAUAAACAUUUUCGCUGAACAAAUUAGCCAUCAUCCUCCGAUCUCUUGCUUCCAAGUUGAGCACUCUGAUCGAGAUUUUAUUAUCUACGGUGACCUUGAAGAAGACUUCAAACGGAACGGCUCCAAUCUAGAGUUUAGGCUAAAAGGAUCCACAAUUAUUGAAUUUAGUGACGGAGAUUAUUAUUCCAUUACCUGGCCUGCUAAAAUCCUUGAAAAUAGUGUGUACAUGAAAUACGAAGAAUUCAUAAGAAUUGAACAAUGCACCGGGACUAACCUCACUUCAAUGAUCUUCCUUGGUGAUUCUCAAGAAGGCGAUCCAUUACCUUUAAAUGGUGUUAUUUAUUAUAGAAACCCUGAUUUUGACUUCAACCCAGAAGCUACGCAUCAGGACGAACUUGAAGAUUUGGAAGAGUAUUGCUGAAAUAUCCAAGGUUCUUGGAUCAAAGCGCUGAUUAUUGAUGAUAAAAAGUAUUGGAACAUUAAGAUGAACAUCAUCUCUCCUCAAUUGCCUGUAAGCAAUCCCCUACCAUCAGAUGCAAGGUAUAGAGAGGAUCUUAUCUGGCUUUACAAGGAAGAACUUGACUUUGCGCAAAAAUGGAAGUUAGCCUUGGAAAACAUCCAAAGGAAGGAUGCUACUUUAAGGAAGAAAAAGAAAAGAUAGGCAUAUCGCCCAACCCAUUUUAUCGAGAAUAUAAUAAUUAACAAUUUCAUUC